CCGAAGGGCUGGCGCGGGAACGGGCGGCGCAGCUGAGCUGAAGUGACAAAGAAUGGGAUUCAUUACUUCUGUGGACAUUUAAACUGUUGAAAAUUGUUUGCUCAACACCAUUGGCACAUGGUAGAGACCUGAUGCAAGUGUCUCUAUGAAUUCAUUACCACCACUCUCCAGUUCGCCCCAGAAACUCAGCUGUGAACCAGAAAGCGUCACUAUUCAGAAACAGAGGAAAGAACUCCAGCUGUUAAUUGCAGAGUUGAAAGAUCGUGAUAAAGAGCUCAACGAUAUGGUUGCUGUGCAUCAGAGGCAGCUGCUGGCUUGGGAUGAAGAUCGUCAAAAAAUACUGACUUUGGCAGAACGAUGUAACAGGAUGGAAAAUGAGCUGCACAAAAGGCAUGAGAUGAUAACGACGCUGACCAAAAGACUGAAGCUUCUUGAGUCCCAGCAGAAUGACCGCCAGAUGACCCUGGAGAAUACCCAGCAGAAGCUGCAGGAGCUUUCUCAGAAAGCAAACGACACGUCGCUUCACUGCCAUGUUCUCGAGGAAAAGAAUCAAGUUCUCAGCUGCUCAGUGAUGGAACUCUCUAACAAAGUGGGGCAUCUGCAAGCCAGAGAACAGGAGCUGCUUACAAUGUUAAAGUUAAAGGAUAAGGAUAUCCUUGAAGCGACCACUCACAUUACUGAAUUUACAUGUAAAUUCAAAAUGUUAGAAAGUGCUCUGCGUGCAGCAAGGAUGGAGGAAUCAAGCGUCAGCAAGGAAAAGCAGGAUUUUAAACUCAAGCUGAAAGAACUUACGUUGGAAACCAGCAAGUUAAAAGAGGAUCUCAGUGAAAAAACGAAAGAGAACAAUGAACAAAGGGAGGAAAUCAUACGGCUCAAACAAGAAAACAAUUACUUGAAUAAUGAGCUGAUGUUUAGUGUUGAGAAAGCAAACCGAAAAGACCACCUUCUUCAGUCUGCCAAAUCCAAGCAACUAAGAACUGACACAGAGCUGAACAAUUUGCGACAGAUCUAUAUGAAGCAGCAGCAGGAUCUGCAGUUUCUGCAUUUCAGCUUGGAGAGUUCUCAGGAAACAAAACAGAAACCCAAGGAGGAGGCCCACGAAGAGAGCCUAGAGAUGGUUUUGUCAGAUCUCGAGAGUAACAGCGAAAGGGAGACGGUUGAUAGUGAAAUCAGUCAGAAGAUACACACCCCGUUUGUGUGCAUACCCAAAAGCAGCUUGCAAAAUGCGUGCCAAAUGUGCAGAGCCGAGACCAGGCAGCAGGCACAAGCCUUGGGCUCCCAAGAGCGACCCUCAAAAAACUUGGAUCCGUUUCAGGAAGGGACGUUUCACGGUUCAAGAACUCUGCCUAGGGAAGAGCAGAAGCAAGAGGGUCCUUUGAGUGCUGGAGGAACAGAGAGCAGACCCACUUCACAGGUCGACAGCACCUGGAUGAUGGACGGCAGGGAAUUUGCUCUGGCACCUGAGCAAAACCCUGUCACUCCUCUGCCGAUGCACGAGCAUUGGCUCGAGCUGAGUUCCUUCACCAAGCCCGCCAACCGCCAUAGCCCCUUGCUGAAGUGCUCUGACAAACUUGAAGGGGGUUGUAACGCUGCAGAGGCAGAUGCUGUUGGGAUUGCAAGUGGGCAAAGUCCCCAGAAUUCCCCCCAUCCAGCCAGAGUGCUGGAUCCAGCCUGCUCCUGUCACUGCUCUGUGAGCAAAACGUUGCUGUGCCAGUCAGUCACGGACCGAGAGUGGAUGCAAAUUUUCAAGCCGGCAAAAGCAGAAGGUGGUUCAUGGCAUGGAGCUCAUGACAAGAAUCCUCAGGCUAGCCGUGGGAUUAAAAGCACCAAGUCAGAAAGUUGCCAUGACCUGGACCUGACUUUUUCGGACUUGGGUGCUCCAUGUUUGACGUCAACGCAGAAGACGAGCGGGCCCAAGAGGCACGAGAAACUCUUCGAGUCGGAUCUCUCUCCCAAGCUCCCAAGCUUGACAGAUGUCGAGGCGAUAAACGGAUGCUGCCAUCCUGCCAUCCACUAUGAUUCGUGUUCCCCCACCAGUAAGCUGCAGCGAUUGCUGGCGGAAUCCCGACAGAUGGUGGCUGACCUGGAACGCAGCAACUUGCUCCAUGCCAGCCCUUGCCACGGUCCAAACAACGGCAGCCCCCAAGCACAGACAGGAGAAUAUCCAGGGAGGUUGCUGGCUGCUGAGGAAAACCAGAUGAAGCUGUCUCUCUUCUCUCUCUGACUUCAGUCAGUUUCCCGCAAGAACAAAGGACGACGCUUUGUGCCAGCCACUCCUGAAGGUCAUCGUUGUGUGGAAGUUCCACAGACAGCUGUUCAUCAGCUGCUCAGAUUGAUCUUUGAAUGCCUCCUGUGCCAGUGACCGGGGGGGGGGGGGUAUUCCCCCUUCCCCCAUAUAUAUAAAUAUAUAGAUUUAAAACCUAGAAUUAUGGAACAGUGAAUAAAAGCAACUUCAGAGAACAGCCACCCUAAGAUUAAUUGUUAGUGUAUUUUUGGAAGAUUAUUUAAAUAUGUAAUUGCUCAUUCAGUGGCGUGUUUUAAAUAUAUAUAUAUAAAUGCAUUUUCUCUAC